GUAUCAAAUAAUACAUAGUAACAAUGAUUAUAGGUUUUUGUCUCCUGUGGAUGGAAUCUAAAGAGGAAAAUGUUGCACUUACAAUCAUCCAAAGAGAUAAUACAUUAUCUAUAGAUGAAUCUCUACUAAUGUCCUUGUCUCAUAACAAGCCAAAAAAAUCGGUGACUACUACAAUAGUUUCGAAAGGUAUGAUAACUUUCAUACUACCGUAUGGAUCAAUUUGUAUUGUUUUUAUUGCAAGUGAUUUAUGUUUGAUCUCAUGACUGUUUCGUUCGUAGAUUAUAUUUGCACGCAGGGUGAUCUUGCACUCAUCGAUUGGAUUAAAGAAAUCCCUUGUGAACCAAGGGUAGAAGUCGUGUUUAUUGAUGAUGCUUUUGUGGAAAGGAAGUGGAUGGAAUGCCUAUUUCAACCGGACGCAUAUCUAGGUGAUGAGGUGAUAGACUGUUACAUAAAUUUAAUAAAAGCUCAAGAGCAUCUAAAAUGCCGAUCUGGAGGUCGUGUACACAUAGAAAAUGCUUUUCAGUUCAACUUUCUAAAGCGAGACGGUGAUGUUGAAACUAAAACAGAUGAGUUAUAUCCAAGUAAAGACAUGGCACAAAUAUCUAGCGCUGAAAGAAGGGUUUUACUUUAUCUAGACCAUGACAUGGUGUUUAUUCCAAUAAAUAUCCGAGAAAUGCACUGGUAUCUUGCCGUGAUCAAUGCAAGAAAUAUGGAGAUACAAGUGCUCGACUCACUUGGUACAUCAUCCGGUCGCAAUGACCUCAUUGACACUGUGAGUUUAUACAAACUCAACAAUUACGAAUCCAUUAUUAACUUAAAAUCUCAACUUCUAAUUCUAUGUUUUUAUAAUAAUAUAAAGAUAAAAGGACUCCAAAGACAAAUUGAUAUGCUCCUCGUGUGGCCUCUUUCUACUAAACUAUAUCGAAUACUGGACAGGGGAUGA